AUGCCCCGGCCUUUCUUCCCCCGGCUCUCCUGCAACUCCAAGGUGAUCGAGAACCAAAACUUGGGAGAAUACACCAGCAAGGUCUUUGAAGACCUCAAUGUGUUUCAGCGGGCUGUUCAGAUGCUGAUUGUGGAUCGAUUUGACCCCGAAUCAAAGUUGCGACCCACUUUGAGUUUGUUGCCCCAAGAUUCCUUGGCAGAAUUCUGGUUAAGUUUCCUCGCUCGGAUGGAAGCCGACCAAGUGGGCCACAUCACUGCAGAGAAGACCAGCCCAAGCGCGAUCCAAUUCUACGGUGACCUGAAGGAGGCGAUCAACAUAGAGCGUCGGUUGAAUGGGGCUGAGAACAAGAGCACAAAGGAUCUUCUCAGCAAAAUGUGUGCUGAGUACAAUAAGAUGGUGACAGUACGGGCCCAUCGAAUCGACAGAAUCACGUUGGAUAUUUUGGCCAGUGACUUCUGGGUACCGGACGUUUCAGCCCGGAUGGAAGCGCCUCAAUAUCAGUCAAAGAAGGUGUUCCAGGAAAUUCUCAAGACCAGUGCCACAACUUGCCUUUUGUGGGCGAAACGUGCCACUCAGGACUUCAUGCGCAAAGCUGGGAAAGAUGCAACCAGGAAAGCCAAGGUGGGCGCGCAGCUUGAUGAAGCUGGGCACUUGCAAUUGCACGACAUUUGCUGCUGUUGGUGCUGGCUGGAACCGCAGCUUCGCGCUGAGUUUCCGAGCGCGACUGUGGAUCUCUAUGCGGAUCUCUUCAUGAAGGGGUUACUGGAUUCCGAUCUUGGCACCAUCAUGAAGGCGGCUGAAGACUUCGACUGGCACCGUAUUCCUUUUGUCCUGGAGGUGAAAGGGCAGACCAUCCAGGAUUUCGUCAGCGAUGCCCAAGAUCGAUCAAGGAAUGCACUAGCGAAGUCAAACCAGGCUGCUCUACGUGCGUUUCUGGAACAGCUGAAGUCUGAUGAAGCUCUUUUUGAACAAGAGUCCAUCUUGACCCUCAGCUGA